AUGGCGGAAGUUCCAGACAUCGUCAUCAACCCGCCAUCUUCGAAUCCUUAUAAAACGGCUGUCCGAGUCACAGCAACAGCGCUUACGUCAGCUGCUGACAACAGAAGAAUUGGGAGAUCGUACUCCAACGCAGUUUUUACGUCGCAUGUACCAGCUUCUCGGCGACGAUUCAUCCGCCUUGGACGAAUCGAUUUUAAAGGAGCUUUUCCUGCAACGGCUUCCCCAGACCGUAAGCAUGAUCCUCUCUGCCUCCGCCCCAUCCCGCUCCGAGAACUGUCCGAAUUGGCGGACAGGAUCAUGGAAGCCACUCCUUCCUUCGUCUACCAUAUUCCAACUCCUCCUACCCACAGCCACAAGCCUCCACUUACGCUACUACACCCAUGUUCUGACUGCGCUUCGCUACGAGAAGAAGUCCAACGCCUUCGUUCUCUCGUUCAGAGCCUAACCAUCACUUCAGAGCCUCGUCAGCCCACCCCUGCAGUUUCUACAUCCCAACUUGAAGACGAAAUUGAACUUCUGAGAGCACAGCCGAUCGCGUUCCCCAUCACCACGCUAUCGCUUCCCAACCCGGCGCCGCCCCCAGUUCCAACUGUGCUGAUAUCACGCACGCUUUGGCAAAGCUGCAACCAAGUGCGAAGAGCCCUGCGUUUUCCCGGGAAACGCAGGCACCGGCAACUAGAGGCGACCGCCGUUGCUGGCCAAGCCCCAGGUCGCCUGUUCGUCAUUUCGGACAGCUCCUCCAAAUCACAAUUCCUGGUCGACACCGGCGCCGCUGUCAGCAUCAUCCCCGCAUCGCCAUCCGAUCGUCGACAUCGGCAUUUUGACGGCCCCGCCCUUCAGGCCGCUAACAAGACCCCAACCACCACCCACGGCGAGCGUUCACUAACCCUCGACCUUGGGCUCCGCCGCGUUUUUCGCUGGGUCUUUCUCAUCGCCGAUGUAUCCCACCCCAUCAUCGGCGCAGACGUCUUGCGCCACUACGACCUCCUCGUCGAUAUGCGUCACCGUCGCCUCACAGACGGCACCACUACACUCAGCGUGUCGGGAAUAGCCACCCGGGUGCCAUCGUACCGCUUGAAUGUGCUGGUGCCCGACUCCAACUCCCCUCAUGCCGUCUAA